AUGAUUCGUCGUGAAAAUCGUCUUCGACGGGAGUACAUCUAUCGUAAAAGCUUGGAGGAAAAGCAACGUGCUAUUGAGGAGAAAAGAGAGAAGAUUCGGGAUGCGCUCGAAAAUAAUAAGAAAAUUGACAGCAAUUUGCGGAAAGAUGCUGUGGAACUCGCUAGAGGUGCCGAAUGGGGAGGUCAAAUUCUAUCGAUCGACGAUGAGUAUCGCUGGGCUGGUACAAAGGACCCUAAAAUUGUUAUUACUACUAGUCGAGAUCCAUCAAGUAAAUUGAAAACGUUCGCCAAGGAGAUGAAAUUGGUGUUUCCCAAUGCGCAGAGGUUAAACAGAGGACACUAUGAUGUGAAACAACUUGUUCAAGCUUGUCGAGCUAACGAUGUAACGGUGACCGAUUUUAUCAUGUUAACUGAAACACGAGGGAAUCCUGAUGGAAUGGUCGUCUGUCAUCUACCAUUUGGCCCAACAGCUUAUUUCACGAUGUCAAAUGUCGUGAUGCGACACGACAUUCCUGAGAGAGAGCCCGUGAGCGAGCAGUAUCCUCAUCUCAUCUUUCAUAACCUGAGCAGCCGAUUAGGACAAAGAUUUACUUCAAUCCUCAAGUAUCUUUUUCCUGUCCCGAAGGAAAACUCGAAAAGAGUUAUUACAUUCGCUAACAACGACGACUUUAUAUCGUUCCGUCAUCACACGUACUCAUUGGUGAAAGGAGAAGUUGAACUGAAAGAAGUCGGGCCACGAUUCGAGCUAAGGCCGUACGCAAUUAAGCUGGGAACGCUAGAGAAUAUUGCUGCGGCGGAAGACGAGUGGAUUUUACGAGCGUUUACGAACACUUCCAGAAAGCGACAAUUAUUGAGCAACAAAGAGGAAGACGGUGAGGAAGACGAAUAA